UUGGGCCCGCGAGGCGGAAGUGCGCCGCCGCGGGUUCCGGUGGGCGCGACGGCGACCAGAGCGGCAGAAUGGAGGAGGCGCCUGACGGUUGUCCCGGGGCCGAUAGUGCCCAGGCGGGCCGCGGGGCCUCGUGUCAGGGAUGCCCCAACCAGCGGCUGUGUGCUUCCGGAGCCGGCGCCGCCCCGGACCCGGCCAUAGAGGAGAUCAAAGAGAAAAUGAAGACUGUGAAACACAAAGUCUUGGUGUUGUCUGGGAAAGGCGGUGUCGGGAAAAGCACUUUCAGUGCUCACCUCGCCCAUGGCCUCGCUGAAGAUGAAGACACGCAGGUUGCUCUUUUGGACAUCGAUAUCUGUGGGCCGUCGAUUCCCAAGAUAAUGGGGCUGGAAGGAGAACAGGUUCACCAGAGCGGCUCGGGCUGGUCUCCCGUGUACGUGGAGGACAACCUGGGGGUGAUGUCCGUGGGUUUCCUGCUCAGCAGCCCUGACGACGCUGUCAUCUGGAGGGGACCCAAGAAAAGCGGCAUGAUCAAGCAGUUCCUGCGUGACGUGGACUGGGGGGACGUGGACUACCUCAUCGUGGACACCCCGCCCGGCACUUCUGACGAGCACCUCUCGGUGGUCCAGUAUCUGGCCGCAGCGCAUAUCGAUGGGGCGGUGGUCCUCACCACCCCCCAGGAGGUUUCACUCCAGGACGUCCGGAAGGAGAUCAGCUUCUGCCGCAAGGUGAAGCUGCCCAUCAUCGGGGUGGUGGAGAACAUGAGCAGCUUCGUCUGCCCCAAGUGUAAGAAAGAAUCCCAGGUGUUCCCUCCCACCACCGGGGGUGCGGAGGCCCUGUGCCAAGACCUGGGCACCCCUCUCCUCGGCAAGGUGCCUUUGGACCCGCACAUAGGUAAGAGCUGUGACAAGGGCCAGUCUUUUUUUGUUGAAGCACCAGAUUCGCCAGCCACAUUAGCCUACAGAAAUAUAAUCCAAAGAAUCCAGGAGUUCUGCGCCUCCCAGCAGCCACACAGAGAGAACCUCAUGAACUCCUGAAACUCGGGGUGCAGUGAGGACCAGCCAUUUCCAGCCACAGACCCCAGCAGCAUCGCUCAGGCCCGACAGUGUGAGGACCCGAUGCUGGUUUGUCACUCAGAGCGCCUUCAGUCUCCCUCUUUACACACACACACACACACGCGCGUUAUUGUAAAAUAAAAGAUCUCUCCCAGCCUG